AUGACCGACUCUAUUAUUAGUCCAACUUCUGGCUCAAGAAAAAACUUGCCAAUGAUUGUCGAUAUCUCCAUCGCCAACGACGGCUCUCAAAUCUAUCAAGUCCACGACUCUAAUGAUGAAGACUCUACUCCUUCCAAGAAGAGAUCUUUUGAUGAAAUCGAUUCCAUUACCUCCUCCCAUAUAACCGACAUUUCCAACAGCUCCGCUAGUAUUAUUAAUGCCAACAACAACAUUAUUACUCCUGCUGCUGAAGACUCCGAGUCAGAGGUUUGGGGUUCAGAUGUCGAAUCCGCUUUUGAGGAUGCUCUUAGAAUCAUCCCUAAAAAUGGCUUGUCAAAGAUCAAAGUUUCUGGUCGUUCUUGUGGUCGUAACGAAUUGAUUUCUGAUUAUAUUUUGCAACAAACUGGCAAGUUGAGAACUAGAAAGCAAGUCUCCAGUCACAUCCAAGUGAUUAAAAAUAUCAAGAAAAACCAACCUAUUAUUGAUUUGAUUAACAAUGGUCCUUCUGAUCCUGAUUCUUUGAAAAAAUUCGAACAAGUUUUUUCAAAAAUCACCUUCCAAAAAUCAAUUGGUAACACUACCAAUACCGGUAGCUCUAUUAAUUCCAUGAUGGGACCAGAUCACAAAAAACCUCGUCGCCGUGUUGCAUACCAAGCAAAGCAUAUUUGUGAAGUCAGCCUCAAAGAUUUCCAAAUGUCUUGUUCUAACUCGUCGGCUUUUUCCCAACUUUCAGUUCUUAAAUCCAAGGAAUUUGAUACCAAUUUGAAAUUGAAAAACAAUGCUAAUAUUUCCACUAGAUUCCCUGGGCUCUUCGAGUUAUUUACAAGUAAUGCUCCAAAUGGACCAAUUAUUAAUACCUCUAUCCCAAGUUUACACGGAAUGUGCAAGCUUUUUCUCCCGCCAACCAACCAACCAACGUAUAACACCAGCCUUUCUUUGUCCUUGAAAGGUCUUUCUCUCAACGAAUCCUCUUGGUCCGUCUUGACAGUUAUUUAUUCUUUUGGUCAAGAAAUCGUUAGAUUGGUGGACCUUGCAGAAAUCACUAACACUGAAGUGAUUAAUGGGGUUAAGAAUGUUGAUUUGAAAGUCAAGUUUGCCCCUGAAUUCUGGGAUGCUUUCUUCACUUCUUUAGAUAAGACCAAUGCUGAAACCAAAGAAGGUGGUCAACUUGAUGACAAACACAAAGAUAUCGCUAUUAGAGCUAUAACUAUCAAGCAAUUGAUUUUCAAGAGCCCAAAUUCCAUCAGUUCAAGCACUCAAAAACCUCAAAGUUCUUCUACCGGUCCAACCAACAUCUUGAAAAAAGAUAUCAGAACCUUAGUUCUUUGGGAAUUCCUUAAAGUUGAAGAACAAGCUAAGGCUAACACCUCAAUUAGAAGAAUCCACCUCAUCAACCAAAUGCCAAUGAAUAGAAUGAACAGAGUGCCGCAACUCCAAUCUGGUAUACCAGUUCACCAACAAAUUUCCAUGAAAAAUGCUGCUUCAUCUGUCAGUUCCACUCCAGUUGGUUUGGGCUUAGCAUCUCCUUCUACUAGCAGAUCCAACACCCCGAUUAACCAUUCCUUGGUUCCACAACCAAUGAUGAACCCAAUCCCAGUGAACUUCAAUACUGGUAACUUUAAUUUGGAAAAUAACUCCAAGUUCAACUUUUCCAAUAACAAUAGUAUGGGUUUCAACUUUGGUAACAGUAGUUUUGAUGCGACUGCUAAUCCAAACCUUAACAUGAAUUUUAUGAACAAUAACAACAACAUGAUGCAAAACUUUAACAACUAUACUCAUGCUGCCCAACCUUCCGGUAGCAACCACGCUAUGAAUUAUCAACAAUAUAUGAAUCUCAUGAACACUCCAUUCACUCCUUCCACUACCCCUGUGCCAUCUUUGCACAGUCACAAUGAUCAAGCUGUGAAUGCUAACAUUGCUAAUAUGAACUCUGGGUCUAUCAAUGAAAUGUUGCAAUGCCAAGAAGAUUUAAUUUCUCGCCUCGAAAGCCCAAUUGAUUUAUCAUCUCUCACCAACACCAACACCACCACCACCCACACUAACUCCAACUCCACUACCAAUGGUAUCAAUUUCGACUUUGACCUUAUGGCUAGUGCCGCCGCUGCUUCCCAAAACGGUGAGGCUACUCGUGCUGGCAAUACCAAAGGAACAGCUAUCAAUGAUUCCGAAUCCCACAUUAGUUUCAACUCAGACUUUAGCAACUUUUCCAACUGCAGCUCGCAAACCGGAUUUGAUUCUUACGAAAUGAAUUAUGAAUUAGGAUUAAUGGACAAUAAACCGCAAUUUUCCAAUGGCGGAUUCACAUUGCCAAUGCAAUUUAACGAUGCUGCUAACAUUGCUGACAAUGGUUUUAAUCGCCAAAACGCAAACCCUAUUGGCUUCCAGGGUCAAGAAGAAGUGCUCUGGUAA